AUGUCAACGCCGGCACAAAAAGCAAACCUUGCCCGGAUUAGAGAUAAUCAGAGGAGAUCCCGGGCCCGAAGAAGAGAGUAUCUCCAAGAGCUCGAGCAACGACUCCGAGUGUAUGAGUUGCAGGGUGUCGAGGCGUCCUCAGAGGUGCAACAUGCUGCGCGGAGGGUUGCAGAGGAGAACAGACAACUUCGUGGUCUUCUCAACCGACAUGGGAUCAGCGAUGACUACAUUAGUAGUUACUUGAACUCGGGUACAGCGUCGUCGCAGAACGAUCCGGCAGCAAUAUCGCACUUCCCCCCCAAUACUCACAGCGAUAGUGUCCAAUCCCUUCAGCAGGUUAUAGCACCCCGGAGACCUACAGCUCUCGAUACUGGCGUAUCUUACGGCCUCCCUCCGCAGGAAAGCCGUGAACCAUCUAUCGCGAGUGGAUCUACGAGCAGUUCUUCUAUGUGGGAAUCUGGCCAAGCUCUCCAGCCACCUUCAGCAUACACCCGACCACUUCCCUCCAACGUCCCUACACCAGUACCGAGGCAGUCGAUGACUCCAUCAAUGCAUCCCCAGCACUACACCUCUCAAAUGUUCCCUGAUCCUCAAGUUUCACGGACCGAAAGCUACCACGCUAUAGCUACCCCUGGAUCUUUGAUGGAUGAUCCCCGGCGACACAGCUACUCUGUGGCACCCAUGCCUGGAGAUGUCUCGUCAACGAUGGGUUAUAGCAUUCCCAUGACUUCCUUUCACAACCCUGUAGGACAAGAUGGUGGCCCUUCAGGACCGUGUUGA